CCGCCCCUCCUAUAAAAGGCGCGUCCCCGCGGCGGGGCGAGCGCAGUGAGCGGGUGCGGGGCUGCCGGGCGGUCGGCGCGGCAGCGGCGCAGGCUUCGGGGCGCAGCGGCUACCGGUACCGGUGCUUCCUUCUGCUCCCAGCGGUCAGUGAGGAGUCAUGGCCCGCACCAAGCAGACCGCCCGCAAGUCCACUGGAGGGAAGGCUCCGCGCAAGCAGCUCGCAACCAAGGCGGCGCGGAAGAGCGCUCCCUCUACCGGCGGCGUCAAGAAGCCGCACCGCUACAGGCCGGGCACUGUCGCUCUCCGUGAGAUCCGUCGUUACCAGAAAUCGACGGAGCUGCUGAUCCGCAAGCUGCCGUUCCAGCGGCUGGUCAGAGAAAUCGCCCAGGAUUUCAAAACAGACUUGAGGUUCCAGAGUGCGGCCAUCGGCGCACUGCAGGAGGCCAGCGAGGCAUACCUGGUGGGGCUGUUCGAAGACACGAACCUGUGCGCCAUCCAUGCCAAGAGAGUCACCAUCAUGCCCAAAGACAUCCAGUUGGCUCGCAGGAUACGGGGGGAGAGGGCUUGAGCGAAGGCUGUUUUUAUGGUGUUUUGUAGUAAAUUCUGUAAAAUACUUUGGUUUUAAUUUGUGACUUUUUUUGUAAGAAAUUGUUUAUAAUAUGUUGCAUUUGUACUUAAGUCAUUCCAUCUUUCACUCAGGAUGAAUGCGAAAAGUGACUGUUCACACAGACCUCAGCGACGCGGGCUGCGCCGCAGUGACAAGUUGCUAAUAUGCAGAAGGGAUGGGUGAUCUUUCUUGCUUCUCGUGCAUGUUUCUGUAUGUUAAUGACUUGUUGGGUAGCUGAACUUGUAAGGUACUAGAGUUGAUAUAAAUGUGUACAGGGUCCUUUUGCAAUAAAACUGGUUAUGACUUGAUCCAAGUGUUUAACAGCUGGGGCUGUUAGUCUGACCAUACAUCACUGUGAUCAAACGUGGGCGUUUGUAGGGCAGAGCGACAAGUCUUAACCACAGUGUAACUUACAGUUUCCUAAAGACGUAAACCUGGCAGCUAUAGAAUACACUAUGUGCAUUUAUAAUAGCUAUUUUAUAUAUUGUAGUGUCAACAUUUUUAAAUUAAAUGUUUUACAUUCACA